UUACCCAGAGGCCUCCGCGGUCCGUCCAUACUUGCCAGUCAUUCUACUGAAAGAACAAGCCGACCGGAGUAGAGAAAUAGCAGCGCAGGUUUAGCCCGUGACAAGUUAAACGGAGUCCGAGUCCGUGGAAGUCAUCGUAUCACACAGAGCAAAGCAUUAUGAAGGAGACUGCGGCCAAGCGGCGGGAGAAACCCCGGGACUCGAAGGUGGAGAAGCAGCCAGAACCGGGCCCCGAGCCGCAGGAUGAAGAGAUGCCGGAGGAAGAGGCGGCCGCAGCCGGGAAGCCUCAUAAGGAGAUCGACGCCCUGACCCUUGAAGACAUCAAGGAACACGUGAAGCAAAUCGAAAAAGCUGUGUCUGGGAAGGAGCCCCGCUUUGUGCUGCGCGCCCUCAGAGCUUUGCCCUCGACCAGCCGGCGACUGAACCCCAACGUCCUGCACAAAGCCAUCAGCGGCUUCUUCACUUCAAACGCGCCCACCAAGGAGUUUUUGCUGAACUUUUUAGAAGAGCCGAUGGACACAGAAGGUGACGUCCAGUUCCGGCCACGGACUGGAAAAGCUGCCACCAUCCCUCUUCUCCCUGAGGUGGAAGCCUACCUUCAGCUACUCCUUGUGGUCUACCUCACAAACAAUAAGCGCUACCCAGAGGCUCAGAAGGUGUCUGAUGAUCUCCUUCAGAAAAUCAGCUCACAGAACCGCCGGGCCCUUGAUUUGGUGGCAGCCAAGUGUUAUUAUUACCACUCACGGGUCUAUGAGUUUCUGAAUAAACUCAAUGUCAUCAGGAGUUUCCUGUAUGCCCGGUUACGGACGGCCACAUUGCGCCAUGAUUUUGACGGCCAAGCUACACUGCUAAACCUGCUACUGAGGAACUACUUGCAGUAUAACCUGUAUGACCAGGCCGAAAAGUUGGUGUCCAAAUCUGUCUUCCCCGAACAAGCCAACAAUAAUGAAUGGGCACGGUACCUCUACUACACAGGCCGAAUCAAAUCAAUCCAGCUGGAAUACUCUGAAGCCCGGAGAACGCUGACCAACGCGCUCAGAAAAGCCCCUCAGCACACUGCAGUGGGCUUUAAACAGACGGUGCACAAGCUUCUCAUUGUGGUGGAGCUGCUUUUGGGGGAAAUUCCAGACCGGCUACAGUUCAGACAGCCCUCCCUGAAGAGAUCCCUCAUGCCUUAUUUCUUACUGACCCAAGCUGUAAGAACUGGGAACUUGUCCAAAUUCAACCAGGUACUGGACCAGUUUGGAGAGAAGUUUCAGACAGAUGGGACAUAUACAUUAAUCAUUCGUCUUCGACACAAUGUCAUCAAAACAGGUGUGAGGAUGAUUAGCCUGUCAUAUUCUAGGAUCUCCUUGGCAGACAUUGCACAGAAGUUACAACUCGACAGUCCCGAGGAUGCAGAAUUUAUUGUAGCCAAGGCUAUCCGAGAUGGCGUGAUUGAGGCCAGCAUCAACCAUGAAAAGGGUUAUGUCCAGUCUAAAGAGACCAUAGACAUUUACGGCACCAGGGAACCCCAGCUUGCUUUCCACCAGCGAAUUUCCUUCUGCUUGGACAUCCACAAUAUGUCUGUAAAGGCAAUGCGUUUCCCACCAAAAUCUUACAACAAAGAUUUGGAAUCUGCUGAGGAAAGGCGCGAACGAGAACAGCAGGACCUGGAGUUCGCCAAAGAAAUGGCCGAAGAUGACGACGACAGCUUCCCCUGAUUCUACACCCAAGUGGUCUUGCAUGACUUUUUUUUUUUUUGUAUAAUUUUCCUUUUCUGCUCUCCUUCACUUCAAGGGGUUUCAAAUCAAAUUGCAAUGUGUGUGAGGGGGGGACCUCCUGGAGCACAAUAGACCGUGCUGUGAAGAAGGAGCCAGGCUUUGAUCUGUGGCCUUCCUCACACUGACCCCGGUGUAAAGCAGACAGUCUCUCCUUCCUUACUGGUUACCAGUUCAUCUUUCAGCUCACGGCUGUGGGGUGUUGUUGUAUUCAAGAUGUAAGGACAAAACAAAACUUUUCUAUACCUGA